AUGCCUCCGUCAUGCCGCCGGCUCUUCGGAGCCCAGCUGGCAAACGGUUUGUUUGUGUUUCAUCUCUGCCUAGCUGCGAAUGACAUGACCUUGCCUUUCGAGGACAACUGUGCGCUGGGCAACGGAUAUGAUCUCUCGCGCACGUGUAAGGUGGCCAAUCCAAUCCUGCCACUGCCACCAUGCGACAAAGCGCAGCAAGGGGAGGCCUGUGUGAUCAAAACACACAUCACGAGCCAUUGCCAAAUAUUGUUGCAGGAUGUGAAGAAAAUGGCUGAUUAUGACAGCAUGACAGAUAGCGUCAUCUCUGCUGAAGGAGGCGGUUGGGGCGUGCAUCUGUCGGGUGGCAUGAAGGCCUUGCAGUCUUCUCACGUGUCGGAGCAGUCUAUCGCUUUCUUCAUUUAUGCAGGAGGUUGCAUGUCAUAUGAAAUGACCAUUCGGAAUUUCCAAAUGCAGAAAUUGAGCGAUGGUAGCAAAGCGAUGCUGAAACAGGAUCCGGAUCAGUUCCUGAAGCAAUUUGGGAUGCGCUACAUCUACCAAAUCAAAUAUGGCGGUUCGUUCCUGGGCAACUAUGAGGUUCAUGCUACAGAAGUGUCCGGCAAGUCGUCCAUGGAUGCCUUCGCGAAGUUUUCUGCGAAAACUGUGUUUGCAUCAGGCGAAGGCAGUGCCUCUUUCGAAUCCCUGGAGUCCAAGUCAACCAGUGACACGCAGGUUACCUGCAAGUUGUAUUUCGAUGGAAAGGAUGGGAGCGCUCGGCAAGCAUGCGGGAGGCCCUCUGCCAUGUAUGCAGCUUUUCAGGACUGGUACCAGGAAUUCCAGUCGGAUGCCACGGCAGUCUCUGUGGUGCUCAAAGGCUGGCUGGAUUUGGUCGAGGUGCGGGACAUUGUGGCUGGACUAGGCAAAGAAGUGUGGUCCAAGUUUGACCCUGAAGACAUCAGCUCCGGCACCUUGGACGCGCUAGCCAAGGAACAAGCCCAGCUGGUCUCACUCAAGGAAUCGGCAGGAAACGCCAAAAACUCUCACAACGUGGCAGGGAUGCAGGUUGCCGAGCAGGAUGUAGAGGCGCUACAAAGAAGAAUCGUAAGCCAGCUGACUCGGGUUCAAGCUCUCGGUGAGAAAGAUAUCUUGGAUCGGCAGAUGGAAAUCAAGAGCGACAACUGGACCUGGUUCAAGGCAGAAGCCUUACGACAUGAGUACCGGAAGGUAGUGGAUAGCUUCAGUACCUACGGGUGGAAAUGUCUCUCUGGGCAUAGGUAUGUUGCCGACAAUGGUACGAAACAGCCGCAGCGUCCUGAAUUCUACACUACGCAUCAGAGUGAGGCUUCCAAGCAAACUUGUUUGCAAAUUUGCAACUCCGUGCAAGGCUGUGUUGCCAUGAGUAUGUGGAAGGGGAAGUCGACUUUGGGCGUCUAUACGUGGUUCUGCGACUAUUACUUUCAAGAGCCGCAGCCUGAGGCAGCUGGAGACGCAGUCGCCUGCAGCCGAAUCACCGCGCCGCCUGAUCGUCGGGGCUACUCCUGCCAGUAUGGGAGAUUUUUCGUUGGGAGCAUGGCCGGUGUUAAAGAAGAGUGGCACGAUUUGCCAGACCCCGCACUGCCAAAGUGUCAAGCUUUGUGUGAUGCUAGAUCUUGGUGCAACGUUGUGCUCCUAGACUGGUCGUGGAAUCCAAACAACACCUGUUGGCUGGGUGAGCUUUUCCGCACUGAACUCUACCUUUCCACCGGUUUAUCGUGCACGAGGGGAGCUCCGCGGGGCUACGUAUGCACAGCGGACGUGAACAAUCCAGGCGGAGAUUUCGCCAACAGCCCUCGCAAGGCCUGGUCUGAUCAGGAGUGUGCCGAUUUAUGCAGCCAGCAAGCAGGUUGCGACACCUUUGUGGUUAGAGAGACGGACUGCUGGCUCAAGAAAGGGAGGCCUGCCUCCAAGGCUGCCAUCGGUUUUCGAAGCUGCUCCAAGAUUGACUCUGCGCCCCUUGCGUUCAUCGCGGGUCAGAGCCCGAAGAGCCCCUCUUCGGAGCUGGAGCAUGCAGAUAAGACGGUUGCAGCUGCUGUCCGAAACAUGACCGUCCUCUUUGCUGGGCAUGAUUGGCCGGUCCAAGUGCAGGAGAAUGUGGCAAUUACUGUCCCGUGGCUGUUGGGCCUCCUUGGGGCCAUUCUUGCUGUCACUUAUGCCACUGCACAGAGACAGUGGAUUCCUCGCCUCUCCGCUCCACUAUUGGGCUCGGAGUUCAGCCCUCCUCAGCCGGUGUAG